GUUGCUUAUUGGGAAAGGGAUAAUAUCUCUUCCGCUAAUAACUUCGGAUACUCAUAUAUUGGGCUCUAAUCGCAAUGCUGCAUACCUGGAUCCGGACCCUUGGAGCUUUGCUCCUCCUGGCCUCCAUGGCCCACGCUCAGUUCCAGUUCUUCGAGCACAUGUUUGGCGGCGGACGUCAAGAACAUCAGCAGCAAGCUGCUCAAAAUGAGCCCAGUGAUAGCUCACGGUAUCAAAAGAUGUGGGAGUCAGCUCAAUGCGACAAAUAUCUAUGUCCUGGUACUCUUGCUUGCGUGCAUUUUCCUCAUCAUUGCCCAUGCGCACACCCCUACAACGAAGAUAAGAUCGAACUUGGCGAAGGAAGUGCUAUCUGCAUCUCAAAGGGAGGAUUCCAACCCGGCGAAGCGGCGCGCAAGAUCGAGUUGGCUCGGAAGGGUGUCCUGUGAUCCAUAAUUUAGUAUGCGAUUGGACUACCCUUUAUAUAUAUUAACUUUUUGUGAUAUCGGUUCAAAUUUGUCUUAAUGCAAAUCGCGAGUUGAUAUUGGU